AUGAAGAGCGACAUCACAGAGAAGGAGACGUCAGCGACGGAGGUCGAGGCGCGGCCCGCCUCCACGGGCGGACCUGUUUACGAUGCUGGCGAGAAGGUCGACUACGACAGAACGGGCGCAAUCGAGGCCGAGGAGGCAGAACAUAAUAUGUCUGUACUCGAUGCUGUCAAGGCCUAUCCCGCUGCCAGUUGGUGGGCAUUCACAAUGUCAUGCACUAUUAUCAUGGAAGCAUACUGUGUUUUCUUAAUGGGACAGUUCGUAGCCACAGCUCAGUUCGCCGAAGACUUUGGUGUAUGGAGCGAAAAAAACCAAGAGUGGCUUAUCGAAGCUUCAUGGCAGUCAGCAUUUCAGUGUAGCGGGCCAAUUGGUGCCUUCAUCGGUGUAUUCAUCGCAGGUCCCAUUACCAGUUGGAUUGGAUAUCGAUGGGCGACCAUUGGCGGUCUCAUGUUCUUGAACGCCUUCAUUUUCAUCUUCUAUUUCGGCAACAGCCAGGGGAUGUUUUUCGCGUCCCAGAUUCUGGAAGGCAUCCCGUGGGGCAUUUUUAUCGCCAACGCACCCGCCUACUGUUCCGAGAUUGUGCCAAUGAGAUUGAGAGCCCCAGCGACACAAAUGUUGCAGAUGUUCUGGGCGAUUGGACAGAUCAUAGUCGGCGGUAUCACCUACCACUACCAAUCCAAGCCUGACUCGUCAUCAUACAGAGUUCCCAUUGCACUGCAGUGGAUGUUUCCCACUCCUCUCGCCAUCCUAAUCUUCAUUGCGCCGGAGUCUCCCUGGUGGCUUGUACGACAGGGCCGUCUGGCUGAGGCAGAGAAGGCUGUGAAACGCCUUGGACGGGCGAGUGCAAAUGACAAUCCCGCUGACGCAGUCGCAAUGAUGCGUCGCACGAUCGAACUCGAGAAGUCUGAGAAGAAGCCCAGUCUCAUUGAACUGUGGAAGGGUACGGAUCUCUACCGCACAUUGAUUGUGUGCGGUGUGUACGCAUCCCAGAAUCUGACGGGCAACCUGAUUGCCAACCAAUCGGUUUACUUUUUCAAACAGGCCGGCAUGGCAGACAACACCGCAUUUGCACUGGGUCUCAUCACUUCUGCCCUUCAGUGGAUCAUGGUCAUGCUCUCUUGGGUGCUCACCACAUACAUGGGCCGACGCACCCUCUAUGUGUAUGGUCAAUUUAUCAACUGCGCAUUUCUGGUCAUACUCGGUAUCGCAGCGUCAGUUGGAACUAGUACGGCGGCUAGCAACGCGCAAGCAUCACUUGGUUUGAUUGUCUCAGUCUUGUUCUGCUUAGGACCCGCCCCUGCCUCAUGGGUCAUCAUCGGCGAGACAUCAUCCGUUCGGCUCAGGCCACUGACAACUGGUAUCGGCCGAGGCGCAUACUACAUCGUCAAUAUCCCUUGCAUCUUCCUGUCCAGCUACAUGCUCAACGCUGAUAAGUGGAACCUGGGCGGCAAGAGCGGCUACGUCUGGGCUGGUACCGCCUUCAUCUGCACCGCCAUGGCUUGGCUCUGGGUUCCAGAGAUGAAAGACCGAUCCUUCCGUGAGAUCGACAUUCUGUUCAAGCGUCGUGUCCCGGCUCGCAAAUGGAAGAAGACCGUCGUCGAUAUCCGCGACGAUGAGUAGAUGGAGGUUUUGCUGCUCGGAGAAGCCUGGGCGGUACUGCUUGUGCAGGCGUGGAUGGCAGAGACAUGCCUUUG